CAGGAUACGCGUGUGUGAGAGUGUCUGCGGCAGGAUACGUGUGUGUGAGAGUGUCUGCGGCAGGAUACGCGUGUGUGAGAGUGUCUGCGACAGGGUAUGUGUGUGUGAGAGUGUCUGCGACAGGAUACGCGUGUGUGAGAGUGUCUGCGGCAGGAUACGCGUGUGUGAGAGUGUCUGCGGCAGGGUAUGUGUGUGUGAGAGUGUCUGCGGCAGGGUAUUUGUGUGUGAGAGUGUCUGCGACAGGGUGCGUGUGUGUGAGAGUGUCUGCGGCAGGGUAUGUGUGUGUGAGAGUGUCUGCGGCAGGGUAUGUGUGUGUGAGAGUGUCUGCGGCAGGGUAUGUGUGUGUGAGAGUGUCUGCGGCAUGAUACGCGUGUGUGAGAGUGUCUGUGACAGGGUAUUUGUGUGUGAGAGUGUCUGCGACAGGGUGCGUGUGUGUGAGAGUGUCUGCGGCAGGAUACGCGUGUGUGAGAGUGUCUGUGACAGGGUACGUGUGUGUGAGAGUGUCUGUGACAGGGUACGUGUGUGUGAGAGUGUCUGCGGCUGGGUAUUUGUGUGUGAGAGUGUCUGCGGCUGGGUAUUUGUGUAUGAGAGUGUCUGCGGCAGGGUACGCGUGUGUGAGAGUGUCUGCGGCAGGAUACGCGUGUGUGAGAGUGUCUGCGACAGGGUACGCGUGUGUGAGAGUGUCUGCGACAGGGUACGCGUGUGUGAGAGUGUCUGCGGCAGGAUACGCGUGUGUGAGAGUGUCUGCGGCAGGAUACGCGUGUGUGAGAGUGUCUGCGACAGGAUACGCGUGUGUGAGAGUGUCUGCGGCAGGAUACGCGUGUGUGAGAGUGUCUGCGGCAGGAUACGCGUGUGUGAGAGUGUCUGCGGCAGGAUACGCGUGUGUGAGAGUGUCUGCGACAGGAUACGCGUGUGUGAGAGUGUCUGCGGCAGGAUACGCGUGUGUGAGAGUGUCUGCGGCAGGGUUUGUGUGUGUGAGAGUGUCUGCGGCAGGGUAUGUGUGUGUGAGAGUGUCUGCGGCAGGGUAUGUGUGUGUGAGAGUGUCUGCGGCAGGAUACGCGUGUGUGAGAGUGUCUGUGACAGGGUACGUGUGUGUGAGAGUGUCUGCGGCAGGGUACGCGUGUGUGAGAGUGUCUGCUACAGGGUACGCGUGUGUGAGAGUGUCUGCGGCUGGGUAUUUGUGUAUGAGAGUGUCUGCGGCAGGUUAUGUGUGUGUGAGAGUGUCUGCGGCAGGGUAUGUGUGUGUGAGAGUGUCUGCGGCAGGAUACGCGUGUGUGAGAGUGUCUGUGACAGGGUAUUUGUGUGUGAGAGUGUCUGCGACAGGGUGCGUGUGUGUGAGAGUGUCUGCGGCAGGAUACGCGUGUGUGAGAGUGUCUGCGGCAGGAUACGCGUGUGUGAGAGUGUCUGCGGCAGGAUACGCGUGUGUGAGAGUGUCUGCGACAGGGUAUGUGUGUGUGAGAGUGUCUGUGACAGGGUACGCGUGUGUGAGAGUGUCUGCGGCAGGAUACGCAUGUGUGAGAGUGUCUGCGGCAGGGUAUGUGUGUGUGAGAGUGUCUGCGGCAGGAUACGCGUGUGUGAAAGUGUCUGUGACAGGGUACGUGUGUGUGAGAGUGUCUGCGGCAGGAUUCGCGUGUGUGAGAGUGUCUGCGGCAGGAUACGCGUUUGUGAGAGUGUCUGCGGCAGGAUACGCGUGUGUGAGAGUGUCUGCGACAGGGUAUGUGUGUGUGAGAGUGUCUGUGACAGGGUACGCGUGUGUGAGAGUGUCUGCGGCAGGAUACGCGUGUGUGAGAAUGUCUGCGGCAGGGUAUGUGUGUGUGAGAGUGUCUGCGGCAGGGUAUGUGUGUGUGAGAGUGUCUGCGGCAGGGUAUGUGUGUGUGAGAGUGUCUGCGGCAGGAUACGCGUGUGUGAGAGUGUCUGUGACAGGGUAUGUGUGUGUGAGAGUGUCUGUGACAGGGUACGCGUGUGUGAGAGUGUCUGCGGCAGGAUACGCGUGUGUGAGAGUGUCUGCGGCAGGGUAUGUGUGUGUGAGAGUGUCUGCGGCAGGAUACUCGUGUGUGAGAGUGUCUGUGACAGGGUACGUGUGUGUGAGAGUGUCUGCGGCAGGGUACGCGUGUGUGAGAGUGUCUGCUACAGGGUACGCGUGUGUGAGAGUGUCUGUGACACCCCACCCCCUGUGCAUUAGGUGACCUGCCCCACCCAGAGGCACAGGGGAAAAGAACCACUCCCCCAAAAUAGGGGCUAGUGGAAGUGGCAGGACUGGGGGGCGAGUGUUGUCAGUAUUUAAUGUGAGUCGUAGAAGGGAGAGGAAAAGAAAAGGAGAAAAAUGCAAAGAAGAAAAAAAAACAAAGACAGGAUUGUAUUUAUAUAUGAUGGUUGUGGAUGAUAGGAGUCGUAACUGUCAAAAACAAAUUAGUAAGUAAGUAACUUAUUACACAUAUACACUGCUCAAAAAAAUUAAAGGAACACGUUGAAAACACAACAGAUAUCAAUGGGGGAAAAAAAUCAUGCUGGAUAUCUAUACUGAUGUAGGCUGGGUAAUGUGUUAGGAAGGAAAGGAUGCCACAUCGUUUGAUGGAAAUGAAAUUAUCAACCUACAGAGGGCUGAAUUCAAAGACACCCUGAAAAUCAAAGUGAAAAAAUAGUGCGGCAGGCUAGUCCUUUUUGCCGAAAUUUCAUUACAGUAACUAAGAAUCAUACUCAGUAGUUUGUAUGGCCCCCACAUGGUUGUAUGCAUGCCUGACAAUGUCGGGGCAUGGUCCUAAUGAGACCACAGAUGGUGUCCUGGAGGAUCUCCUCUCAGAUCUGGACCAGGGUAUCACUGAGCUUCUGGACAGUCUGAGGUGCAACCUGGUGGCAUCGGAUGGACGAAACAUAAUGUCCCAGAGGUGUUCUAUUGGAUCUAGGUCAGGCGAGCGUGGGGGGCAGUCAAUGGUAUCAAUUCCUUCAUCCUCCAUGAACUGCCUACAUGCUCUUGCCACAUGAGGCCGGGCAUUGUCGUGCACCAGGAGGAACCCAGGACCCACUGCACCAGCGUAGGGUCUGACAAUGGGUUCAAGGAUUUCAUCCUGAUACCUAAUGCAAGUCAAGGUGCCGUUGUCUAGCCUGUAGAGGUCUGUGCGUCCCUCCAUGGAUAUGCCUCCCCAGACCAUCACUGACCCACCACCAAACCGGUCAUGCUGAACAAUGCUGCAGGCAGCAUAACGUUCUCCAUGGCUUCUCCAGACCCUUUCAUGUCUGUCACAUGUGCUCAGGGUGAACGUGCUCUCAUCUGUGAAAAGCACAGGGUGCCAGUGGCAGACCUGCAAAUUCUGGUAUUCUAUGGAAAAUGCCAAUCGAGCUCCAUGGUGCUGGGCAGUGAGCACAGUGUCCACUAGAGGACGUUGGGCCCUCAAGCCAACCUCAUGAAGUCUGUCUCUGAGAACACAAUCAGAAACAUUCACACCAGUGGCCUGCUGGAGGUCAUUUUGUAGGGCUCCAGCAGUGUUCAUCCUGUUCCUCCUUGCACAAAGGAGCAGAUACCGGUCCUGCUGAUGGGUUAAGGACCUUCUACAGCCCUGUCAGCUCUCCUUGAGUAUCUGCCUGUCUCCUGGAAUCUCCUCCAUGCCCUUGCGACUGUGCUGGGAGACACAGCAAACCUUCUGGCAAUGGCACGUAUUGAUGUGCCAUCCUGGAGGAGUUGGACUACCUGUGCAACCUCUGUAGGGUCCAGGUAUCGCCUCAUGCUACCAGUAGUGACACUGACCGUCGCCAAAUACAAAACUAGUGAAAAAACCAUCAGAAAAGAUGAGGAGGGAAAAAUGCCAGUGGCCUCCACCUGUUAAACCAUUCCUGGUUUGGGGGUCGUCUCAUUGUUGCCCCUCUAGUUCACCUGUUGAUAAUUUCAUUAACACCAAAGCAGCUGAAACUGAUUAACAACCCCCUCCGCUACUUAACUGACCUGAUCAAUAUCCCAGAAGUUUAAUAGACUUGAUGCUAUACUCUGAUUAAAAAGUGUUCCUUACAUUUUUUUGAGCAGUGUAUAUUAAUACAUAGAUAUGAAUGUCCAUACAUACACAGACACACUUUCAUACAUAUCUGUAAUGAUUGAAACAUACAAUACAUUAAUCUAACAGAAAUGAAAAUAAUUAAUAAAAACAACAGCAAAAAAGUAAGGGGGGGCGUUGAGGUAGCUUUUAUCCACAAAAUAUUUUGCUGCAAACAUCAGCAAACAUACAAACAACCCAAAUUCCAGAAAAGUUGUUUAAAUUUGAAUGAAAUGACAACUAAAAGACUUUCAAAUCACAUGAGCCGAUAUUUUAUUCACAACAGAACAUAGAUAACAUAACUAUUGUUCAAACUGGGAAAUUGUAGACCUUUAUCCUGUAAAUGAGCUCAUUUCAAAUGUGAUGCCUGCUACAUGUCCCAAAAAAGUUGGUACACGGACAACAAAUGGCUGAAAAAGCAAGAAAGUUUAAAAAGAUUCAGCUGGGAGAACAUCUAGCAACUAAUUAAGUUAAUUGAGAUCAGGUCUGUAACCUGAUUAGCAUUAAAAGGGAUGUCAGAGAGGCAGAGUCUCUCAGAAGUAAAGAUGGGCAGAGAUUCUCCAAUCUGUGAAAGAGUGAAUAAAAAGAUUGUGGAAUUCUUUAAAAACAAUGUUCCUCAAUGUGAAAUUGCAAAGGAUUUGCAAAUGUCAUCAUCUACAGUGCAUAACAUCAUCAAAAGAUUGAGAGAAACUGGAGAAAUCUGUGUGCGUAAGGGACAAGUCCGAAGACCUGUAUUGGAUGCCCGUGGUCUUCGGGCCCUCAGACGACUCCGCAUCACUCAUCGGCAUGAUUGUGUCAAUGACAUUACUAAAUGGGCCCAGGAAUACUUCCAGAAAGCAGAGUCGGUAAACACAAUCCGCUGUGCCAUCUGCAGAUGCCAGCUAAAGCUCUAAUCAUGCAAAAAGGAAGCCAUAUCUGAACAUGGUCCAGAAGCGCCGUCGUGUCCUGUGGGCCAAGACUCAUUUGAAAUGGACUGUUUCAAAGUGGGAAAGUGUUCUAUGGUCAGACGAGUCCAAAUGUGACAUUCUUGUUGGUAAUGAAGGGUGCCGUGUCCUCCGGGCUAAAGAGGAGGGAGACCUUCCAGCGUGUUAUCAGUGUUCAGUUCAAAAGCCAGCAUCUCUGAUGGUAUGAGGGUGCAUAAGUGCAUACGGUAUGGGCAGCUUGCAUGUUUUUGAAGGAACUAUGAAUGCUGAAAGGUAUAUAAAGGUUUUAGAGCAACACAUGCUCCCCUCCAGAGGACGUCUGUUUCAGGGAAGGCCUUGUGUAUUUCAGCAGAACAAUGCAAAACCACAUACUGCAGCUAUUACAACCACAUGGCUUCGUCGGAGAAGAGUCCGGGUGCUUAAUUGCCCUGUCUGCAGUCCAGAUCUUUCACCUAUAGAGAACAUAAUAAGCUGUGACACCCAUGGUGCACUGUGAGCAGGUAUACAGGCCAACAGAGCAUGCAGAUAAUUAUCUGUGAGCCAUUUCUGCACCUAAUGAUGUAAUCAUGGUUUUAGUGUGGGUAUGCUGAGCAGUACUGACUAAAUUAAAUAAUCUAUGGAUGUUGUCUGAGGCAUGUCUGGUCUUGAUGAAGUCUGUCUGAUCAUGAUGGAUUAUGGUAGGAAUGACUGUCUGUAACUGAGUGGCGAGAGCUUUUGUAAUGAUUUUCAAGUUUGUAUUCAUUAGUGAGAGUGGCGGGUAACUGGAGGGUUGUGUUGGGUCUUUAUCAGGUCUCAAUAACACUGUAAUGGCCGGUAACUGGAGGGUUGUGUUUGGUCUUUAUCAGGUUUCAAUAACACUGUAAUGGCCUAUACAUUUCUGCAGGGUAACCAUCCGGUCUGGCGAUUGGUUGUUAGGCAUUUGGUUGAGGACCUUAUGGAGUUCUUCUGAUGUUAAUGGUGCAUCAAGCAGAGGUGGAGAUUUCAGGUCCAGGGAGUACAAAUCCAGACCAAGAUUUUGUUUCAACAAACCAGUUGAGUCUCUGUGACUGUGACUCUUUAUAUUCAUCUGGUUGGUUGAAACAAAAUCUUGGUCUGGAUUUGUACUCUCUGGACCUGAAAUCUCCACCUCUGGCAUCAAGGGCAUUUGCUGUUUCAUUGGUUAAUAUGGGUAAGUCUAGAUUAUUUUUAAAUGAUUCUAUAUCAGCUGGAUCUGGUUCUUGUUCUGAGAAGUAUAGGUUCUUAUAAAAUGUUAAAAAGGUGUUAAUUUUACAUGAUUAUUGAAAUAUUUAUUAGAGGAGUCACUUUUGCUUAAAAGUAAUGCUUGUAAUGGUCAGGUGAUCUUAUUUAUUGUGGAUUUUUU